AUGUCUUUCUUUCCUGUUUUCUUUAACAUACGUAAGUUGUACCUUCUUUUCUUUUCCCUUUCCGCCAUUUUUUCUUACUCGUUUUCCGUAUUCUAUUUUCUUUCUUUCGUUUUUCUGAACUUCUUUCUGACAAUAUUUAUUUGUAACUUUCUUUCAAAUCCUACACAUUUUCUUUGCCUACAUUAUCUUUUUUCUUUCUUUUUUCAUCGUCCCCCCACCACCACCACCUCGCAAAGAUAUACGCAGCUUUCUCUUUUAUGCAUACUUUUCAUCAUUGAUUUCUUUCCCGUUUCUUUCUUUUUUCCUUCCUUUUUUUUUCUUCUUUCUGAUUAUAGUUAUAUGUACGCUAUCUCGCUCACUCACUCAUUCUAUCUAUCUAUCUAUCUAUCUAUCUAUCUAUCUAUCUAUCUAUCUCGGUCUGUUCAUAUCUAUCUAUCUAUCUAUCUAUCUAUCUAUCUAUCUAUCUAUCUAUCUCAGUCUGUUCGUUAUCUAUCUAUCUAUCUAUCUAUCUAUCUAUCUAUCUAUCUAUCUAUCUCAGUCUGUUCGUUAUCUAUCUAUCUAUCUAUCUAUCUAUCUCAGUCUGUUCGUUAUCUAUCUAUCUAUCUAUCUAUCUAUCUAUCUAUCUAUCUAUCUCAGUCUGUUCGUUAUCUAUCUAUCUAUCUAUCUAUCUAUCUAUCUAUCUAUCUAUCUCAGUCUGUUCGUUAUCUAUCUAUCUAUCUAUCUAUCUAUCUAUCUAUCUAUUUAUCUAUCUAUCUAUCUAUUUCAGUGUGUUCGUUAUCUAUCUAUCUAUCUAUCUAUCUAUCUAUCAAAUACUACUCUUGUUCUCUUCAUACCUCUCUAUCUGUCUGUCUGCCUAUCUAUUUAUCUAUCUAUCUCGGUCUUCUGUCACUUCAUAUCUAUCUACCUAUCUAUCUAUCUAUCUAUCUAUCUAUCUGUUGUGGAUUCUGGGAGAGGCCCACAACACCAUCUAUCUAUCUAUCUAUCUAUCUAUCUAUCUAUCUAUCUAUCUAUCUAUUCAGUCUCUUCAUAUCUAUCCGGCGCCCGGCAUAA